ACCAGUUUCUUACUGAAAUUAAGAAAAAGAAAAAAAGAAAAAUGAGUUCCAAGGCUUUUGCUUUCCUCGGUCUUCUCUUCGCCAUUGUCGUCGUCAUCUGCUCGACAGCGGUGGCAAACAGCCUCGCACCGACCUCCAUUGACGAGGACAACAAUGAGGUCACAGCCGAGACCAAUAGGGCAGUAGAGGAUGCCAAGUUUAGCUGGGGAGGAUCAUUUGGGGGAGGAUUCGGUAGAGACUACCCCGGACCGGGUGGCUACGGUGGCUACCCCCGACGGGGGGGCUAUGGUGGCUUUGGUGAUUACGGUGACUACCCUGGGCGCGGUGGCUACCCUGGGCGUGGUGGCUAUGACGGAUUUAGACCUGGGGGAGGUCUUUGCGGCCAGAACGGUUAUUGCUGCGGUUUCCGUGGCGGGUGCGACCGGUGCUGCAGGUACUACCCCGGUGGAGGGUUAGCAGAGGCAAGACCCUAAGGCAGUGUAUGGGGGUGGGCAGGAACAAAGUUCAAAUUUUAGGUUUGGGGAAUAAUAUUGUAAAGUUGAGAAAUAAAUAUGCAUGGGGAUGGCAUGGCUGGAUUUUUUCCUCCUUUUGUUUGGGUUUGAGUGUUGCUAUAUAGAUUUGCAUUUUGCAAAUUAAUAUAUAGCUAAGUUGAAAUUAAUUAGCUUAAAUAAUGUUGUACAUCUUCGUCGCGUCGUUAUAAUUAGACAAAAAAAAAAAAAUCAA